AUGGCGUACGUUGCCUUGGCCGCAGCUGCUGCACUUGGCCUGUUCCUAUACGUGGUAGUUUUCACCGGACGGCGAGGAAAGAAUCUACCUCCAGGCCCUAAAACCUUGCCUCUGAUUGGCAAUAUUCAUCAAAUCCCUAAAGAGAAGGCUUAUCUAAAGUUUAACGAGUGGGCCAAGGAGUAUGGAGGCAUCUACUCCAUCAUGGUGGCUUCCCACCCGACCAUCGUCUUGACGGAUAGACGCUUGGUAAAAGAGUUGAUGGAAAAGCGGAGUUCGAUUACCAGUAACCGACCGAGAUCCUUCAUCAUGGAAACUAUGGUCUAUGAAGGCGACGACAUCAUUCUCAUGCAGGGUGAUAACCCUCACUGGAAAUUGGCCCGCCGUUUCAUGCAUCAAAACUUCAUGGCCUCCGUGGUCGAAAAGAGCCAUAUGCCUCUGAUUGAAGCAGAAACUACCCAGAUGAUAAAGGAUAUGGUGGAAACUCCAGCAGACUUCAUGAAACACCCAACCCGCUUUGCUAAUAGCUUCAUGAUGAGCAUCGCAUAUGGAAUCCGCACUCCACACCGGAAAAUUUCGCAUAUGGUGGAAAUCAACAAAGCCUUACGGAACACCACCGAGUUGCUCGCACCUGGAACAUUGCCACCAGUGGACCUCUUCCCGUUUUUACUUCACGUGCCCCAUCAGCUCUUCGGCCGUUGGCGCGAUAAGGUCGCAGAGACACAUAAGACGAUGAACGGGCUGUACUCUAAAUACAUGGGCUACGUCGAAGAGAGACGAAGUUCAAUCGGAGAAAUGGACAGUUUCGCUGAUAAAUUACUUCAGCAGGAGGAGAAGCUGGACUGGACGAGACACGGUCUGAACUUCAUGGCUGGCCUUAUGAUGGAAGCAGGUUCCGACACAACCUCCGGAGUGAUCAACAGCUUUCUGCUCCUGAUGACCAAAUUUCCUGGAGCCUACAAGAAGGCGCAGGAGCAAAUCGAUACGAUUGUUGGGGACGAUCGAACUCCUGUCUGGAAUGACUGGCAGAAAUUGACCGAGGUCAAUAAAUUGCUCAAAGAAACUAUGAGAAUGCGGCCUGUGGCUCCUAUUGCGUUCCCCCAUGCAUUGGCAGAAGAUAUUUGGCUUGAUGACAUGCUUUUGCCAAAGGGCAGUGACAUUAUCGUCAACGUCCUUGGCCUCCAUUUCGACGAGCAAAGAUUCCCGGACCCGGACACGUUUGAUCCAGAACGAUUUUCAGGGAAGCCUCUUCUAGCUGAUGGCUAUGCGAAUGCAGCUAAUUAUGAAGAGAGAGAUCACUACGCCUAUGGAACUGGACGCCGGCUAUGUGUUGGAAUUCACCUUGCAGAGCGAGGUGCCUUCCUAGCAAUGGCCAAAGUCCUGUGGGCUUUUGAUAUAUUGCCUGGUCGUGAUAGUGCUGGCAACAUCAUCGACAACGAUUUAAGCUGGGAGACUGGUACAGAUGGAGGUAUCAUUGUCUCUCCCAGGCCUUUUGCUUGUGAGCUUCGGCCAAGAUCGGAGAAGAGGAAAGAAGUUAUCUUGAGAGAGUUCAAGGAUGCGGAAGACAAUGUCUUCCCCAAGUAUCUAGUCCCAGAACAGUAG